UUGAAAAUGGAAUCGAUGAGGAUUUUGAUAUUAUAUAUGAGUAUUUUCAUCAUUUCAUUCAAUGCACUCUAUUCAUAAUGCUUGCGAAGGCAAGAGCAUUAAAAUCGUGAAGUGUACUGCUUUAACAAUCGAACCCGAAGACGAUCAGCCAGUGAGGAAUGACACUUUUUCUACGAAGAAAGAGGAAGAUUUUCCUCACGUUCAAAAUUCUUCUCGGCGAAUAAAGGAACUGCUGCGAUUAAAAAAUCUCCAUGCUGAGGCAGUCUCACAGUCAACGAAUCCCUCCCCAGAACAGCCGUGGUCCACAAGCUCGGCAGCGCCUGAAGAAAACCUCGACCACUAUACCAACAUCAACGUUACAAAUUCUCACAUCGUUCCCCAGGCAACCGCGGCCAUUGAUGAACCUGUCACAUCUCCCAGUGACAUGACACAUGCCUCAUCAACAGGAAAAGCUUCAAACGACACGGACAAAGCUAUUUCACAUAGAUUUGUGGAUCCUGUAGGAAUUGACUGCCCCGGCAGGUGCCAAAUUAAAGACUUGAACGGAGAUUGUGUGACGAGUGUGCAGUGUGUAUCUGGAAACCUGGAAAUGUUUUAAGUUGAAGUGACUCAG